AUGUCUAGCCAACCUCUGCUCCAGACCGCACCGGGCAAGCGCAUCGCGCUCCCGACGCGCGUCGAGCCCAAAGUUUUCUUCGCUAACGAGCGGACCUUCCUCUCGUGGCUCAACUUCACCGUCAUUCUGGGCGCUCUGGCCAUCGGCAUGCUCAACUUCGGUGACCGCCCUGCCUUUAUCUCGUCCUUCCUGUUCACGGGCGUCGCGAUGGCCACGAUGAUAUACGCGCUCAUAACGUAUCACUGGAGAGCAAAGUCGAUACGGAUGAGGGGGCAGGCGGGCUUCGACGAUCGGUUUGGCCCGACCUUCUUGGCCAUCAUCUUGCUGCUUGCGGUGGUCGUCAAUUUUGUCCUGCGGAUCACCUACUCGGCCCAGGACAAGAAACCCUGA